CGGCAGAGAGCGGUGCGCGGGCGGACGUGCGCGCCAUCCAGCCGUGUCUGCUUACAGCUCCAACAUGGCGGCGUCUGUGUUCCCCGGCGUGCGGCUCCUCUCCAUCGGAGACGCAAAUGGAGACAUACAGCGGCAUUCGGAGCAGCAGCCGCUGCGGCUCGAGGUGAAGAGCUCGCCGGACGCGGCCCUCAUCAAUCUCUCCAAUGGAGAGGAGGCAAGUGUGUUCAAGUGUUCGAUUUCCCGUGACACGGAGUGCAGCCGCGUGGGGAAGCAGUCCUUCAUCAUCACUCUGGGCUGCAACAGCGUCCUCCUGCAGUUCUCCUCGCCCGCAGACUUCCAGUCGUUUUAUAACCUCCUGAAGAACUGCCGCGGGCAUCCUGGAGAGCAGUCGGUGUUCAGUGAAAGAACAGAGGAGUCUUCUGCUGUGCAGUAUUUUCAGUUCUACGGGUACCUGUCCCAGCAGCAGAACAUGAUGCAGGACUAUGUUCGGACGGGAACCUACCAGCGGGCCAUCCUGCAGAACCACACUGACUUUAAGGACAAGGUGGUGCUGGACGUGGGCUGUGGCUCGGGGAUCCUCUCUUUUUUCGCGGCCCAGGCCGGAGCCAGGAAGGUGUACGCAGUGGAGGCCAGCACCAUGGCUCAGCACGCCGAGGUGCUGGUGAACAGUAACCGUCUGGGAGAGCGCGUGGUGGUCAUCCCAGGGAAGGUGGAGGAGGUGACGCUACCUGAGCAGGUGGACAUCAUCAUCUCAGAGCCCAUGGGCUACAUGCUGUUUAACGAGCGCAUGCUGGAGAGCUACCUGCACGCCAAGAAGUUCCUCAAACCUAACGGUAAAAUGUUCCCCACCAUCGGAGACGUCCACCUGGCUCCGUUCACAGACGAGCAGCUCUACAUGGAGCAGUUCACUAAAGCCAACUUCUGGUAUCAGCCCUCCUUCCACGGCGUGGACCUGUCGGCCCUGCGAGGAGCGGCCGUCGACGAGUAUUUCCGGCAGCCCAUCGUGGACACCUUUGACAUCCGCAUCCUCAUGGCCAAGUCGGUCAAAUACACAGUUAACUUCUUAGAGGCCAAAGAGGAGGAUCUGUACAGGAUAGAGAUUCCCUUCAAGUUCCACAUGAUGCACUCAGGCCUGGUGCACGGUCUGGCCUUCUGGUUCGACGUGGCGUUCAUGGGAUCUGUGAUGACGGUGUGGCUGUCCACGGCCCCCACGGAGCCGCUCACUCACUGGUACCAGGUGCGCUGUCUCCUGCAGUCCCCCCUCUUCACCAAAGCCGGGGACACGCUGUCUGGCACCGCCCUGCUGGUGGCCAACAAACGACAAAGCUAUGAUAUCAGUAUUGUGGCCCAGGUGGACCAGACCGGAUCGAAGUCCAGUAACCUCCUGGACUUGAAGAACCCUUUUUUCAGGUACACAGGCACCACCCCCAACCCCCCUCCUGGCUCACACUACACCUCCCCAUCUGAGAACAUGUGGAACACAGGGGCAGCCUACAGCAUGGGGCAGGGGAUGGCGGUAUCAGGGAUGCCUGCAGCAUAUGACCUCAGCACAGUCAUCGGCAGCGGCACCGCAGCGGCCCACAACAACAUUAUCCCCCUAGUGAACACAGGGAUUGUAAACCACACCCACUCCAGGAUGGGCUCCAUCAUGAGCACAGGAAUCGUUCAGGGAGCCACCACUGGUCAGUCGGGUCCCAGCAGCAGCGGUACCUACUAUCCCGUCACCAACCAGUUCACUAUGGGGGGUGCUGCCAUCUCCAUGGCUUCGCCUAUGGUCGUCCCUGGCAACACCAUGCACUAUGCCCCCCAAACGCUCGUAUCCGUCCAGACUCCGCCCCUUCGCCCCAACCCUGGAUUCGUCUGAACAGCAAAGUUUUCAUCCCAGUUCCUUUGUUUACAUCGUCCCUCCGCCCCCGCUCUUUGGAAACGGCCUCGGUCUUCUUUCUGUCCUGAGACUCGGCACUUUGUUAGAAACCAGCAUCAUUCCGUUCCAGAGUCCUCGCCGCUGUACCACAGGGACGUCCCAGACUGUGGGUGGUUCAGCAGGACACGCUCUCCUUCACGGUGCCCCCCGGUGGGCGCUGACACUGCAGAUGCAAAGCCCCUCUGCUCUUUUACUACAGACUUCUCCAGGAUGAACUGCUCCCUCACACCACCAGUACAAACUCUCCCUGAACACAGCCGUGGGUCUACCAGUAUGGGAUGUGAACAAACUGAUCUUCCAGGUCGCCUUUCAUGCUGAGUGAGGAUGAAGCUUAGAGGCAUCUGCUGAAGGACAGCUGAAGUCUGGAGCUCCUCGCUUCAAAGGCUGAAGCCCUGAAAUUCUGAUUUUAAAGUCUGUCUCCCGCGUCCUCUUCAGCUGCACUUCAUGGGGUUGGACAGCAGGGGGCAGCAGCGGUCUCAGCUUCCUGCUGACAGCUGUCUUCAGGUCUGAGCAGUUUUAGCAGCUUCACUUCAUCUGUUCUCCAUUGUUGUCCGCAGCGAAUGGACUUAGAACCCUUUGAGUCACAUUUGUUGGCUGCAUGUUUGAUCAAAUGUUCACUUCUUUUAAUGAUUCCCCAUAAAAUCCGUGUCUGAACAGUGUCCGCCUUUCCCUGCACUCACUCUCUCUGUGUUCACUGACCUGUCCUGAAGUCCGACAUGUUUCGCCGCUCGGCUGCUGUUACAUUUUAGAGCCUCUUGGCUUGACUUUAAGCUAAUAGGAAAUGUCGAGUCAUUGCGGAGUCCUGAUUACUCAGCAUGUAAGGUGACCGUCUGCGGGGUGGAUCUGAGCUGCAGCUCCUGGGGACGCCUGGAGUUCCCUGCUCCUCCAAACCUCCUUCAGACUGUCACAAAAACCGUGGAGGUGUGGAGACGCUCCGUCCUCCCCCGGCAUCCCGCUCAUCUGAUCAACAUAUCAGUGGUACACGCUAACGCCCCGUUUUAUCAGUAAAGGACAGACUGAGGCUUUUAUGCAUUUCUUCCAGUGUCAUGUAUCGUCAUUUGAUUUAGAGCUUUAAGAGUGCUGGGAAAUUGUCUCUUAGUAGGAAUUAUUUUUGUUGACUUUUGUUUGAAGAAAAAAAAGAAGCUGAUUAAAUGUGCUGGAGUAUUCCAACAUCCAUCA